AAUGUUGAUCCCUAUUGAUAGACACUAAACGGAAUUUGCUAUUUUUACAACUUUUUCUUUUCUUUUUCAUCAGAUUUUGCUUUCUGGUAUCUCUUAGCUGUAAUUCUUGAAGGAUUUGCUUUGGUUUGCAAGAGAUAGACCAGUUUUAAAUUAUUGCUUCUCUUUGUUUCUUGUUGUUUCUUAUCUCCACAACUAGUGCCUCCAAUGUCUGGCCAAAGAGCUAUACUUCCUAUUCUUUCCUAGCCCUUUUCUCUCCAACAUUUCCUUUGCUCCUCUUGGCCAAAAUGCUGCAAAAGAGCGCACAAGGAUUAUAAAAAAUCCAAUAAUCUUUUUGGUCCUUUCUUUUAUCAUUGUAUUUUCUUGCAGGACUGAGGAAAUAUGGAGAAGAAAGGGGCUAUAUUAAUGAAUAGGUACGAGCUUGGUCGAUUGCUUGGAAAAGGGACUUUCGCCAAGGUAUACCAUGCGCGAAAUCUCCAAUCUAACCAAAGCGUUGCCAUCAAAAUUAUUGAUAAAGAGAAGGUCCUAAAGAGUGGUUUGAUAGAUCAAAUCAAGAGAGAAAUAUCUGUCAUGCGUCUUGUCAGACAUCCUAACAUUGUUCAACUUUAUGAGGUCAUGGCAAGCAAGACCAAGAUCUAUUUUGCCAUGGAGUAUGUAAAGGGUGGAGAGCUUUUCAAUAAGGUCGCCAAAGGAAAGCUUAAAGAAGAUGUUGCAAGAAAGUAUUUUCAGCAAUUGAUUGGAGCGGUUGAAUUUUGCCACAGUCGCGGUGUUUAUCAUCGCGAUAUCAAGCCUGAAAAUCUUCUUCUUGAUGAAAAUGGUGAUUUGAAGAUUUCGGAUUUCGGGUUGAGUGCUUUGCAUGAGUCGAGAAAGCAAGAUGGUCUUCUUCAUACAACCUGCGGAACUCCUGCUUAUGUUGCUCCUGAAAUCAUUAACAAGAAAGGGUAUGAUGGUGCUAAAGCUGAUAUAUGGUCCUGUGGAGUUGUUCUAUUUGUUCUUUUAGCAGGUUAUCUUCCAUUCUGUGAUUCAAAUUUGAUGGAAUUAUACAAAAAGAUAAUCAGAGGAGAAUUCAGGUGUCCCAAUUGGUUCCAUCCCGAGGCAAGAAAGCUUGUUUCAAGAAUUCUUGAUCCACAUCCUAGUACAAGAAUUACAAUGGCUAGGAUAAUGAACAAUUGUUGGUUCAAGAAGGGGUAUAAACAAAUUGAAACACCACCUUCACCGCAAGGAAAAGCAAGAAACACCUUGCUCAAAGAUGUCCACGCCGCUUUCGAUUCAUCAUCAUCAGAUAACGAAAGCAUUAAUUUGCAGAAAGAAGUAGCGUCGGAUGAUCAUACAAUUACAAGAAGUCCUCUUAGGCCAACUAAUUACAAUGCCUUUGAUAUAAUAUCUCUCUCAAAAGGAUUUGAUCUAUCAGGAUUAUUUGAGAAAGAUAGUAAUCAAAGGUCAGAGGCAAGAUUUACUUCUACAAAACCAGCAUCUACAAUCGUGUCGAAAUUCCAGGAGAUAGCAAUGACGGAGAGCUUCAGUUUUAACAAGAAAGAUGGGAAAGUGAAGUUGCAAGGUUAUAAAGAAGGAAGAAAAGGGCAACUUGGUAUAGAUGCUGAAAUAUUUGAAGUAACGCCAUCUUUUUUUGUUGUCGAGAUGAAGAAAACUUCAGGAGAUACAUGGGAGUAUAAGGAUUUCUAUGACCAGGAACUAAAGCCUUCUCUUAAAGAUAUAGUUUGGGCAUGGCAGGGUAGUACUGAACAGCAGCAACAAGCCUAGCUAACCCCUGCUUUUAGGGUUUUUUUCUUUGGAUUGGAGAUUCUUUUCUAAAGUUUUCUUCCAUCUGAAAUGUAUGUUAUACACCUGCUGUUUCAGCUCUGUCUUUCCUUUUUUCUUUUUUCCAUCUUGCAUUUGCACUUUGAGUUCAAAGAAAAUUAAGAGAAAUUUCAAGAAAGAAAGAGAAAAAAAAAAAAAAAAAGUUGCUUCGUCCUUAACUCAAAUAGGCAAAUUCUAAUGGUGGAUUAAACCAUAUGUUUAAAUCAAUGCACAGUAGAAUGUAAUUUUGUUCUUUUUAA